AUGAACUCAGAAGACUGUUGGACCCGGAUUCGCCUCGUACAUCUGCAGUCCAACGGCCAACAACUGCCACACCCUCCGAGACAAACAUGGAUAAUGCUGACGACAACGAAGUUGACUCGGAAACAGAAUCGGAUUUUCCUUGUGGCGGCUAUGAAGAACAGACACAGACAAGAGGAGGAGGCGGCGGAACAGGAGUACGAAUCCGAAAAUGACUUCGAUUGGGAGAGAGAAAUGAAUCCUUCACCGAUGCACGAUCGCCCUCGUUGGAGACCUUGGGGAUCCAGACGACCACCAUAUCCUGGCUGGUGGGGUGCUCAUGGUUUCUGA